AUGUGGUUGUUGUGCCCGAAUUGUUUUAGUAAUCCGAGAAAACCGUCAACUACUGAACGUAUUCAUCCCAAGAAUAUUCAACAAGUAUCAGGAAUGAGCAACGGAAGCGGAGAUAGUGCUACCUAUGAAACAAUCGAGCGUGGAACUCUUUACGGAUUGGAUUAUCGCGUAUUUAUAAAAGGACCGGAUGGAAUUAUUUCUCCUUGGCAUGAUAUUCCUUUAUAUGCCGAUGAAACAAACAAAAUAUUCAAUAUGGUAGUAGAGAUUCCUCGAUGGUCCAAUGCUAAAAUGGAGAUGGCUACGAAAGAAGCAUUUUCACCAAUAAAGCAAGAUGAAAAGAAAGGAAAACCACGAUUUGUUCAUAACAUUUUCCCUCAUAAGGGUUAUAUUUGGAAUUAUGGAGCGCUACCACAAACGUGGGAAGAUCCAAAUCAUUUGGUUCCAGAUACUGGAGCAAAGGGCGAUAAUGACCCGAUCGAUGUCAUUGAAAUUGGAUCAAGAGUUGCUACGCGUGGUGCUGUUCUUCAUGUUAAAAUCCUCGGAACACUUGCGUUAAUUGAUGAAGGCGAAACUGAUUGGAAACUAGUAGCCAUUGAUGUAAACGAUGAGGUCGCUAGUCAAUUGAAUGACAUUGAAGACGUCGAAAAAGUGUUUCCAGGCCUCUUAAAGGCAUCUGUUGAAUGGUUCCGAAAUUAUAAAAUUCCCGCCGGAAAACCAGCAAAUGAGUUCGCAUUCAAUGGCGAGUUCAAAAAUCGCGCCUAUGCUCAUAAAGUGAUUGCUGAAACAAAUAGUUUCUGGAAAAAACUUAUUAAGGAACCUUCCCCUCAACUAAAUACAGUUAGCCGUGUAACGGAAGCCGUUCACCAAGCGACCAAUGAUGCCGCGGAUGCAGCGUUGAAUUCUGUUCCACCCGCCGCAGGAUCUGCUUCUUUCCCUAUUGAUGUUGAUAAAUGGCACUUCAUUCAAGGAUGA